CUUGUUUUUUAUCAAGAUGGCCCACAUUUCAGAAGCCUUAUACAAGAGACAAAGACCAAAGGCUAUUAGUCCUUUGCUUUCCAACGUACAGAAAUCAGCAGCUAUCGAGAGGUUGAAGGGGUUCAAUUUUGGCAUUUUAAUGAUCAAGGGUGCAGAAGAAAAGGGCUGGAUCAAAAACCUAGGGAUAGAUCUAGGUUCUUUGUUUCUUUUCUUUUCUUUUGCUUUUUGCUUUUAGUAUAAAUAGGGGUGUUGAGGAGUCGAAAAGGGUUUUUUUUUUUUUGUUUGGAUGUGGUGUUAACGGCGGAGAAAAGGAGGGAUUUAUCUAUUGGAAGGAGAUCGUCUUGUGAAAGGAGAUUGUGGAUUUCAUCUCAUUGCUAGGUAUAGCUCUCAACAGAGAAUUAUUUUUUAGGCAAAUGGUGAAAGAGAUGUUGGAAGCUUGAUCCCGUGGGUGGGAUUCCUUCCAUCAGAUUUAGAUCUAUUUUUCUUUUAAAGAUCUACCAUGCUUGUUUUUAUUUUUCUGUGGUUGUUUGCUUUUCCUUUUUAGAAAGAAAUGAGACUGCGAAAGAAAGCAUCUCGAUAUGCUUUAAUGGAUGGAGUCCUAUAUAAGAGGUCUUUCUCAUUUCCCUUUCUCCGAUGUUUGAGCCCUUAUGAAGCUGAAUAUGCACUUCGGGAGGUCCAUGCAGGUGUUUGUGGGAGUCAUGUUGGUGCUCUAACCCUAGCUCAUAAAGCCCUCAGACAGGGAUACUAUUGGCCAAAUAUGCAUAAAGAUGCGACUGAUAUCAUGCAAAGGUACCCAAAGUGCCAAUUUUUUGCACAUCUAACUCACCAACCAACUGAAGAACUUACAAAUCUAGUGGCACCAUGGCCAUUUGGUCAGUGGGGACUUGAUCUCUUAAGUCUAUUUGUGAAAGGAGUUGAAGGAGUAACCCAUUUGGUAGUCGGAGUUGAUUACUUCACGAAAUGGGUUGAACCUGGGCCAUUAUCCAGCCUUACCUCCAAGAAGGUUGAAGACUUUGUUUUCAAUUCAAUCAUCUUUUACCUUAGUGACCACCCAGAGUCUAAUGUUAUGGUGGAAUCUGUCAUUAAAGCUAUUUUGGAAGGAAUAAAACCGAAGUUGGAGCAGCAUAAGGCCGGGAAAGCCGGCCUAAUGGGAUUUGAAAUUCGUUUUGGCAAUUGGGAAGGCCCUUAUACAAUAGUCGAAGUGCCGCAUCCAAGUGCCUAUAUUCUUCAAGACGCUGAAGGGAAAAGAGUUCCUAGAGUCUGGAAUGUGAACAAUCUGAAAAAGUUUUACCCUUAAUUCAAUUCCCCCAGUGAGCUUUAUCUUAGUUGAUAAUUGUUGAUUCCUCUAUUUGAGCUCAAUUUCUUGUCAUUUAGUUCUUUGGAACUUUUAUUCGAGGUCAAUUUCUUAUCAUUUAGCUCUUUGGAACUUUUGUCCAAGGUCAAUUUCUUAUCAUUUAUUUCUUUGGAACUUUCAUUCAAGCUCAAUUUGUUUCUUGAAUUUGAAUCUUGUUAAUGAAUUUCACCUCAUGUU